AUGAGCAAAACACUGAAAGUGGUAGGAGCCUCAUGGCUCCAAACAAAAAUUAGCUCUUAUAUUUUGGGUUUCUUGGGGAUCCUAGCCAUUCUCGCGCUCUUUGUAGGACAAAUGGAAAGAAUCCAGGAAGACGGAAACUACGCAGCAACUGUGUUCUAUUCAGAGAAAACCGGAUAUCGCAUUGAGUACUGGGGUCAGAGCAACGAUCUAAAGGAUAUUGCAAAAGGAGUGGCUCGAGCCUACUUCAGAGGAGACGUUGAUACAACAGGUUGGUCGCUUCUUGAAAUUGAAACAGAUGGAUCAUACCCUGACGAGAUACAAGCUUAUGCAGCGGGUAUAGUCGAAGGUGCUCUUACAUGGUACCUAAUACAUACCCAUCUUGAGAACACUAUAAGAGCAAAAUGUGAAGAUCAGCCUUUAGAAAAACAAUGCGAUAAACUACGAGAUGCAUUAGACAAAUCAGCAAAUAUCCAUAAAACGUAUGCUGCGGAGCGAAGUGCAAGUGACCCCUUCUGGCAUCAUGUCUCAUUACAUUACACGCAAAUCGGAGGAAUUUAUACUGGUUGGAAACAUGGGGUAAAUCGUAGUAUGACUGAAUACAAAACUGAUAUAUCCGACUUGUACUGGUUAAAUUCAAUAACUGAAAUAGCCGAAUUACAACACAAACUUAAUAUUUCUAUCGAAAAUUCCGAAUUAGAUGAUAUCCCUGGUCUGUCAAGUGCAUUUUUGAGAAUUGUAAAUGAAACACUUGAGGACGGAACAAACAUUAAGAAGUUGUUCGUCGCACAGGAUGUCGAAGGGAGUUAUUCAUCAAUGACUAGGAUCAUGAAGAGGUAUAAAUUAAAUUAUCAUAAAACAUCAAAGGAUUCUACUCCUGUCCCUGGAAUAUCAGUCGAUUUUUCAAGUUAUCCUGGUUCUAUAACAAGUCAAGACGAAUUUUACGUUAUCAAUGGUGACAACCUUCGUUUAGCUGUUACAGGGACGUCUUUAAAAAACUACAACAGCAAAUUGUGGAAGAAUGUCAAUAUUACUACACAGGUUCCCAUAGGUCCUCGAAUAACAGCAGCUAAUCAUCUAGCGUCAAACAUCAACUCUUGGGGACAUAUCCUGGCUCGUAGUAACUCUGGCACCGGAUGCAAACAAUGGCUUGUUGUAGAUUUCAACAAAUUUAAUCUUAUAAUGAACGUCACUGAAGAUUCAAUUUCAUCUAUGACUCCUAAAAAGGAAACCAUGACCGAAAGUAUGAUUAAUAAUGACAUAAAACAUACCAUAGUCCAUCGUGCAGGAUCUGGACGUGUGAAGGGAUUGCUCUGGCUUAUCGAACAGAUUCCAGGAAGAACACAUUCGGCUGAUUUAUCUGAUGCAUUUUUAGAGAAAACGUAUUGGGCAACCUUUGGACUACCGUUCUUUGUGGAUAUCGCAAAUGAUACGCAUGUACUUAAAAUGGAAGAAAUGUAUGGGAGGAUAUUUUCGGAGUCUACAUCACUUAGAGCAACUUUAUUUCAAGAUGGAUAUAAAAAUGCAACAACAUUAGAAUCAAUAAUAAAAUUGAUGAGAAAAAAUAACAUUACAGCAGAGACCAAUACCAGUGAUAGUGUUGAUUGUAAUGAUGAUGAAAACUGUAUACUUAAAGAUGCUGAAUAUUGGUCAGUUCUUGGAGUUAGGGGAGAUAUUGCUAAUAUAUACAAAGAACCUUAUGGCAUUAUUGAUACUAAAGUUGUUACUGGUUCAUCAGAUACUACAUCCUUAGAUUUUAUCGCGAUUUCCAGUCCACCAUUCACUGAAGUUACGAACAUGACGGAAGUCCAAAUAAACAAAGGCAACGUCGCCACCAUAUACACAAAUCAGUUUGAUGACGUCCCCACGAUAAAUGGUCUAGAAAUUAGAGAUCUCGUUAAACAACAACAAGAAGAAGCUGUAAAAGAAACUAUAGAGCUACUUAACAAAAAUGCUGUAAAACCUUUUCAGUGGUCAGAAAGUGAAUUUAAAGAUGAAGCUCAUGAAGGUUUACCGGAUCUGUGGAAUUUUGGUCCUUUCAGACCCAAUUGGUCAUGG